ACGACAAAAUCUCAGUUCCUGUCGGGAAAUAAUGCAAGGGCGUCGCGUCCCUCUAGUCAGAAAAGUUCGAUCGAGUCCGGAAAAUUGAGUGCGUUUUUUCGGUAUAUAAAAAGCGUUUUUCCGGUGGCGCUGGAAGAAACAUAAAUGAUUUUGUUUACUAUGUAACCACUUAAUCUACCAAAAAUGGCCAACUUUCCACAAUGGAAACGAUUUCCUUCACUGCACUACUUCGACCCAAGAUGGCGCUCGGAUGAUGACGACUUUACCUUGGGUUCAACCUAUUCCCCUGGAAGGUUGGAACCUACCACUUGGCCCACUGUCCAGAAACAAAUUGUCGCUCCUGACAAAAGUGGUAACGACCACGUAAGAACAAAUCUUGUGACACCUUAUCUAUAUGCGGCCUCUGCUGCCAGCGCUCUCCUAAUUUUCCUCGUAGUAGCUGUGUACUUGGUGGCAAAGAAAAAGAAGCAAAAAGGGAAAAUUGAUGAAGAAAACGCUCAAAGUAUUCUGGUUUUUCCUUCCAGUAAUGGAGAUAGUCAACCACAAUUUUUCACAAAAGAAAUUAACUUCAGUCUUCCGCCACUACGUAGCAACUCUUUGGGUGACUUGGAAUACCAACAAGAUAAUCCUUAUGAUUCUGAUAUAGAGUCGGAUACGUUAUUGGUUCCCGGCCAGAGUCAUAGAAGUAAUUCUUUUAGUUGUUAUGGACUGGGUGUAAUUGAACCAGCCCUUUAUAAAAGCACAUUGGACCUAGACGAGUUAGCUUGGCCAGACGACCAUAUAGGCCGAAUAUGGUUUUCCUUAAGAUAUGAACCAUCGACAGAGAAAUUAUUGGUUUCUCUACUAAAGGCAAAGAAUUUGCCAUCCAGGAGCUUGGGAGCGGUUAAUAACUGCGAUCCAUUCGUAAGGCUGCACUUGAUGCCAGACGAGAGACGAUAUUUACAGUCAAAACAAAAGAAAAAGACCUGUAAUCCGUAUUUCGACGAAACGCUAGUUUUCCAGGUUUCUCAAAAGGACAUGGCAGACCACAUCCUAAAGUUAACGGUCAUUGACAACGGUAGAAAACGGCACGCGGAAAUAGGUCACGUCACUUAUCCAUUAAGGGAGCUAGAAAUCGGCGAUGGAUCUGAGCAGCAGCUGUUCAAAAUGGACCUGGCAAAGGAGCCUCAGGAAUUAAAAUCGAAUCUUGGAGAGCUCUUGGUGUCUUUGGUAUACAAUGAAAACCUGAGCAGACUGACAGCUACUGUAAUUGAGGCUAGAAGGUUAAAGUUCCAAGGAGAUAAACACGAGGCCUACGUGCGUCUUACCCUGCACCAGCACUACAGGGCGGUCAAAGAAAAACGCACUAACAUCGCAAAACCCUCAAGGGAUGGUAACGUGUCUUUUGCCGAGGGUUUUAAUUUUAAAAUGGCACCCGCCCAGGCCGACAUCAGCAGCUUAGCUUUCCACGUUUUCCAACAUACCAGCGGAUAUGGUAAGGAUAAGCUUAUCGGGAAGAUCGUUUUAGGAUCCUACAUGUUCACUAGGGGUAAAUCCUUAACACAAUGGAAUACAGCUCUAUCCAAUCCCAUGGAACAUACUCAAUUCUGGCAUAUAUUAUCUGAAUAAGUUUAUAUACAAUUUUUUUGUUAUAUAUUUAGUAAUUAUAUAUGUGUAAUUAUAAGCUCAGUUAGUGUAUGACUAUAUUUUAUUUUUAGCAUUUAACAAACCAUUAAGUUUUAAUACGGUGCAGCCCAAAGGUCAGGAAUUGGAAAAAAUCCGAUUUUUUUUGUAAAUAUAAGCUGGGUGCUUAGCAAAGGCAGAUUCAAUUCCAAAUUCAAUUAAAGCAUUUCCAAAAACUAACAAACAACCUGCUUUUGGUCGCAUUGUAUAUAAAAUUUGUUAAGAUACAAUUCGAAUAGAAGUAUAUUUAAGCUAAAAAAAUAUUUAUAAUAGUAUUAAGAUAUAAAUUAUUUAUAUAUACAAGUAUUUAAUAUAGACUCUAUAUUUACAGAGUGUUAAUUAAGUAUGUAUAAUAAAUUUGACAGACUAUUCUUUGAGUAAUUUUAAGGCAAAAAGUUCAA